UUCACUGGCUUACUCUCUCGUAUGGUCUCUGCCUUCCCAUUUCUUCUUUACGCUUUCAAGUUUCAAGUCUCAUCCUGCCUUCCUUCCUCUGAAUGCCUCUCGAAUCCCCAGUUCUUUCUUACCAUGGACCCUUUCCACACCCAAUCCUCACCCGAAACCCUAGGCUGGCUUACCCAGUUUUCCCGCCAUCACCGCGCUCCGUCGUAUUCAGCUGCAGAGGGGUAGGAAUUCAAGACUCGCCGCCCAAACCCGGCACUGGAAACGGCGUUGUACAGCAGGAUUGGAAACUGAGGAGCGCCGGAGUCAAAGAUAAGGAUACGGACGUUGCGACCUUGGGAAAUCUGUGCGUGGAUAUUGUGCUCGGUGUUCCCAAAUUGCCCCCCAAAAAUCCUCACGAUCGCAAGGCUUUUAUGGACCGCUUGUCGGCCUCGCCGCCCGAUAAGCAAUUCUGGGAAGCUGGUGGUAAUUGCAAUAUGGCUAUAGCGGCAGCAAGGCUGGGACUUCGUUGUGUUGCAAUUGGUCAUGUGGGUAAUGAGAUUUAUGGACAGUUCCUCUUAGAUGUUCUUCAUGAUGAGGGAAUUGGUAUGGUUGGGAUGAGUGAAGAUACUGAUGUUCUUGAUGGUCCCAGUGCCUUUUAUGAAACACUUCUUUGCUGGGUUCUAGUUGACCCUUUGCAAAGACAUGGUUUUUGCAGUCGGGCUGAUUUUAGUAAGGAGCCUGCGUUCAGUUGGUUGAGAGGACUAUCCAAGGAAGUAAAGAUGGCUAUUAAAAAUUCAAAGAUCCUGUUCUGUAAUGGUUAUGGCUUUGAUGAGCUUUCCCCCAACUUGAUUAAUUCAGCUCUGGAUUAUGCUGUUGAAGUUGGGACAUCAGUCUUUUUUGAUCCUGGUCCACGUGGAAAGAGUCUUUGCAAUGGAACACCUGAAGAACAGAGAGCACUUAGCCAGUUAUUGAGGAUGAGCGAUGUUCUCCUUCUGACUUCCGAUGAGGCCGAAGCAUUGACUGGCAUAAAACAUCCAAUAUUAGCAGGGCAGGAGUUGCUCAAGAAAGGAUUGCGCACAAAAUGGGUGAUUGUUAAGAUGGGAUCGAGGGGUUCAAUUCUAAUAACUAUGUCAAGUAUAUCUUGUGCUGCUGCAUUCAAGGUGAAUGUCAUUGACACUGUUGGGUGCGGAGAUAGUUUUGUGGCAGCUAUUGCAUUUGGUUUUAUUCACAAUAUGCCCAUGGUUAGUUCAUUAGCAGUCGCAAAUGCAGUGGGUGCUGCAACCGCAAUGGGUUGUGGUGCAGGUAGGAGUGUAGCAACCUUGGAGAAGGUAAUAGAAAUCUUAAAGGUGGCAAACCUCAAUGAGGAUGAUAAAUUUUGGAAUGAACUGCUUGCUGAAAAUUUGAGUGCUCAAGAAAUUACAUUUCUCUCAAAAUUUGUAAUAAAUGGAAACAAGAAGCAGCUGAAACAUAUUGCGCUACAGAAGGUGGUCUCUGAACUGCUGCCUAAGCUUGAAUCUUCACGUACAGAGGGAAAAGUUCGGUCUUGACAGAUUAAGAAAAAAGUGUAGCUUUUCAGCGAAGGACUUGAUUUUUUAGGAACAAAGUCAUUCUCUCGGUUCUACUGGGUUUGGUUGCCUCCAAAAACUAUACUGCCAUGCAAUGAGGCCUCUGGCUGGGACAAUAAACACAGAUUGGAUUCGUCUUGGCUCAAGGAGUUAGCAUGGUUGCACUGCCUAUGUGUUUUGUUUUUUCAGUGCAGAUGUUGGGUGAUUGUAUUGCUUUAUAGUUUUAGCAGCAGUGCUUUGGCAUGCCUGAGAGCUUUACAUCUGAGUUGGGUUUCUGCAAGCGGCUUCUUCAUGCAUUUGUGAAGAUGUUCCUUUUUUUGACCAUUGAAACAAGGAUACUUGCGGAGCAGGUACCAAAAUCUCCUUGAGUAAUAUCGGUAUUGUAAUGUGAUUUUUCCUGAUCAAUAGCAUAGAGGAAACAAUUCUUACCUUUACGGUAGUAAACUUCUGAAAUUGAAUGCCAAUAAGAGUCACCAUGUAAAUGAUUUCCUGA